GCUGCAAGUCGGUUUUCAUCGUUAUUUUCCUGACAUACAACUGUAACAGAUCUCUCUCUCUCUCUCUUAUACAUACUCCCUCAUAUCCAUACCUAUUGACUUACCCACCCCGAUACAUACUUCCUCGUCAAGUCUUGUACCUCGCAGACUCUCCCUGUUUGCCUCUCGACUCAGGACCUGGGAUCCAUCUUCCCUUCCAUCUCUUCCCCCUCUCUCCCCUCCCCACGUCCACUACCAACUCGACCCUCCAUCCUUAACGUUCACGAUCACGAUCACGAGUCCUUCUUCUCCUCCGAAAUUUCCUAAUUUGUCGCUGGUCUAAAUUCUUCUUCUUUACUGGCCUUCUUCUCUUCUUUCUUCCUCUCUUUUUUUCUCUCUUUUUCUUUUCCUUUUUUUAUCGUCUGUUGGAUUGCCACGCUUCUUGCCCUUGAUUUUUAUUUUUAUUUUUUAUUUAUUUAAUUUUCCCCUGCAUACAGCACACUUGAAAAGUUGGUCGGUUCUUUGAGUUCUGCAAACCCGUCCGCCGCCCUCCCUCCGUUCCCUCCCUGAUGACCGCUCGCUUCCAGAGCUGUCUCAGAAGCUAUCUCGAUGGAUAACGCAAACCUUUGGACUCGUCGAUCCAACUCUUCCAAAUUGUCCCUGUCCAUGACCGGGACCGACGGUAAAGACGGUGGCGCCAGAGUCGAACUCCCCCGUUCAUCCAAGCGCUUUGGCCCGGAUAGCUCCCACGGUCGAUCCAAUCCCUUCAACGCCCUGUCCCCCCUCUCCGGCGGCGUCUCCUCCCCGUCGACAAACGCUUCCUCCGCAUUUGGCCUGGGUUCCGGCGCCUUCGCCUCCUUCGGGGCCCCCAAGACCCCCGGCGAAAAACGGGACACCCCGUCCGAGUCGGAUCUGACCGAGGCCGCAAAGCCCAAGGGCGCCGCCCCGGCCCCGGCCCGCCAGCACGCCCUCAAGUCCACCUGGGUCAUCUGGUACCGCCCACCCACCCCGAAAUACUCGGAUUACGAAAAGUCCACCAUCCCCCUCGCCUCCAUACACUCGGUCGAGAGUUUCUGGUCCGUCUACUCGCACCUCAAGAGACCCUCCCUCCUCCCCACCGUCUCCGACUACCACAUCUUCAAGAAGGGCAUCCGUCCGGUAUGGGAGGAUGAGGCCAACAAGAAGGGCGGGAAAUGGAUCGUGCGGUUGAAGAAAGGGGUGGCAGACCGGUAUUGGGAGGAUCUCCUGCUGGCCAUGGUGGGGGACCAAUUCGCCGAGGCCGGCGAUGAGGUCUGCGGUGCGGUCCUCUCGGUGCGGAGUGGGGAGGAUGUGCUGAGUGUGUGGACGCGGAUCGAUGGCGGGCGCAACAUCAAGAUCAGAGAAACGAUCAAGCGUUUGCUGGGCUUCCCGGCCGACACCAACAUCGUGUGGAAGAGCCACGACGAUAGCAUCGCCCAACGGUCCGCCAUCGACCAGGCCCGCCAGGAGAAGGCGGUUGGCAGCCACCACACCCACCAUCAGCAUCACCAUCCCCAACACGCACUGGGAUCCGAACGACGACGGGCCCCGACCCUUGACGAUUCUACUGGGGAUAAAGGCAAGGGAACGGCGUCCUGAUGUGUUUUCUUCGGAGCCGGGGUUUGGGGGGGUCGUGUAUAGUAAAAGGAAAACCAAAAAAUGUCAUUUGCAACGAAUUGGGAUUGGGGCAUUUGGGGCGAACAUUGCGUCUGAUUCGAUUGGGUUUAUGUCAUGUCAUUUUUUCUCUCUUUUUAUUUCUCUCUCUUUCCUUUAUAUUUUUUUCUCUUUCAAUUCUUUAAUAGUGGGGAGAUGAGUUGGUCGGUAAAAGCGUGGGUCAAAACAUGCACUGCUUGGUUGGUUUCCUUGGGUGAACUGUUUGGAGUAGGAACCUUGCUGGGUAGAGAACUAUCUAAUCUACAGUCCAUUGAUCAAGUGGAUUUGUGAACUGGAUCAAGUGUCUCAAGUAUUGAGGUAUCUAUACAUGAUCUAGAGUAAA